AUUACAUCAUGUUUGACAAGAUGGCGACGUGACAAUCGUUAAACGUCCGCCAUUUUCAUCAAAAUUCAUUGUAAUUCAAAAAGUGCACCAAUUCACAUCGUCUCUUCAUCAAAAUCAUCGUUAACACCCAAAAUUCUCAGUGAAACAAAGUAAAAAGGACUUUUAUAAUUAUUUGGCAAUAUUUAUAUAUAAAUAUAAAAAAAUGAAGAGAGAACUGAUUGAGUGGUGCGAGCGUAACUCGCUACCACUUACCACAUUCAACCAUUUAUGCAUGUUACCAGAAAAGUUCUCGAGAGGAAAGAAGAUAAAUAUAAAAAAAGCGGCGUUUCUAGAACAUCUAGACGAGAUGGCCGAACCAUUCCCUGAUUUUUCCGUUAAACACAACCGCAGUGCCUCGGAAAUUGACCAUGUUAAGAAAAGCGCAUUAAAAUAUAAAGCAACAAAACGCGUUUUAAGUUUAUCAGAGCCUGUGGACCGGAAGAACCCAACAUACCGCAAUUUUCUAAAAAUUACUCGUGCUGCCCUAAAACAUAAUGCAAGCAGCCGCGAAGAAAACCUAGCUAAGCCCACAAAACGACGCAAUCCACGCCCUCGGGACUUCACAAAAGUCUCAAAAUCAGCGCGUGAACACGAAGCUUCCGAACGCACUCAAAACUUAACUUCAGAAAAAACGUCGUCACUCGCCAAACCAAGAGAACGCAAAGAUAAAGUUACAAAAAAACAUCCCUUCGAAGUAAGUAAGGCGGCGUUGACAUGUGAAGCCAGCGAGAGGACAGCGAAUUUAGGAAAACCCAAAUGUGUGACACCCAAAUACAAAAACCCCGAAGACAAGUGGAAACACAGAUUUGAUAGAGAUACUGAAGAAGAAGAAAAGCAAAAACAAACGAAUGAGAAAAAGAAAAAUGAUAAAAAUAAUAAAAAGAAAAAUAAGGAGAAUAAUAAGCAGAAUAAUAAAGGGGCAAUGAGAAAAACUGGUCUUUAUAAUCAAUGAUCAAUGAGGGUAGGACCAAAAUCGAAAAGUUAAAAAGCUAAGCCAACUAUCUACAAAAUACAAUAAAAAUAAACAAGAACUAA